AUGCCGCUGAACGGCUCCUCCUCAGGCGCCGGAGGAGCCAACCGCACCUCGUCCUCCGACGACGGCGAGCCCCUGUCCCUCUUCCGCCUGCUGGUGCUGAGCCUGCUGGCGCUGCUGACUCUGGCCACGCUGGCGUGGAACCUGCUGGUGCUGGCCACCAUCGUGCGCGUGAGGGCUUUCCACCGCGCGCCGCACAACCUGGUGGCGUCCACGGCGGCGGCCGACGCGCUGGUGGCGGCGCUGGUGAUGCCUCUCAGCCUGGCCAAGGAGCUGUCGGGGGGCGGGCGGCGCUGGCGCCUGGGCCGGGCGCUGUGCCACGCGUGGGUCUGCCUCGACGUGCUCUGCUGCACGGCCAGCAUCUGGAGCGUGGCCGCCAUCGCCCUCGACCGCUACUGGUCCGUCUCCAGGCACCUGCGCUACACCCCGCGCGCGCGCCGCCGAGCCUCGGGCGCCCUCAUCGGCCUGGCGUGGGCGCUGGGCGCGCUCCUGGCGCUGCUGCCGCUGCUGCUCGGCUGGGGAGGCAGCUCGUACAGCGCCGAGCAGCAGCGCUGCCAGGUCAGCCCCGAGCCCGCCUACGCCGUCUUCUCCACGGGGGGCGCUUUCUACCUGCCCCUGGGCGUCGUGCUCUUCGUCUACUGGAAGAUCUACAAGGCGGCCAAGUUCCGCGUCGGAGGCAGGAACGCCGUCGGGCCCCUCCCAGAAACGGGCCAGGUAAAGCACCGUCGUGCGGGGGGGGGGUAGGAUUGGUGCGCAGGGAGGACGGGGGUGCGACGUGAUAUGCGAGGCUUCGUUGGAAUCUGGCUCCUCCGCAACGCCACCCUCGGAUCUGUCAGGGGGUGGGCUGGAUGACCCUCCGACUCUCAAGUUCUGUGGGAAGCAGGGGAUCGCGCGCGGCAUACACAGUAGGGGUGGUUGAGCAAUAGAGCGAACGGUGGAUCGGAGAAGUUUAACAAGCAUGAACCUAAAUCUGCGUUUCACCAGCAGGCAUCCAAACAGUUCAAGGUUUGAUUGUUGAACUGGGCCGUUGAGCAGGUGUAGACAGCAGUAGCUGCAAGCCAGGGUUAUUUCCAACCAGCGCAGUUCAGACUUUGGUUCCAUAGCUCCGGAAUUUCAGAUCUUUUCAAAAGCAACUGAGGCUGGGAAGGAGAAGCAUUCAUUCGCCCUUUGGAAAAGUUGCUUCAAGCAGCCUGAAACUUCUAUGCAGCCUUGAAUGAAAGCUUCUUUCUUUCUCUUUCUUUCGGAAUCAAGUUUUGAAACUUGCAAGCAGAAAGAUACAAGCUGGAAAUUUGCAGCUGGAUGCAGCUGGAAAUUCAGGGGGCCACAGUGAAAAGGGGAGGAAGUACGUUUAUGCAGAGCUUUUGCUUAGCUUCUUAAGCGUGAAGUGUAGGUUUUCCAAGACUGCUGGGAAGUUCUGCGCUCUGCUGUGGGGAGUGUCUACCUCUAAUCCCAGGUGUGUGGGGUCUGGAGAAAGUUACUCAGUGUUAUUUAUGCUCCGGGAUUAGCUCUAACGUUGGGAAGAGUUUCUAGAACAGCUGUAGGGACUUCUGGAUUUAUUAGGAACAGCAAAAGUGAACAUCAGGACAGAAAGGUUUAGCUAGGAAUAGCUGGAGGAUGAGAGUGGAGUGGCACAUCUGAGAUGGAAAGUAGAUAAAUGCAAGCAUUAGACAGCCAGUGUGGCAGGAUGAAUGGGGAGGUGCAAAAUUACACAGUUGGUUUGAAAUCUGUUUUCGUCUUAUGCGUUGCUUUUUUUUUUUUUUUUUUUUUUGGUGCAGCCUCAAAAGCUGAUGCUCAUUGUGUGAAGAAAGAAACCAUUGUGAAUACAAAUAUUUGGUGUGCAGUGCUUCUAAGAUUUUACAAUGCUUUAAGAUGAGGCAAAUAAUAGUUUCCACCGUUUAAUCCUUUGGCACAACCCAAGUGGAAAAGAGCUAAUAUUUUUAUUUAUACACAUGCAGCCCAAUUAUGUACGUGUUUACACAGAAGGAAGCCCACACCAUGUUCAAUUAAAUCGAGUCUGCUGUAGUCUUCAUCUGCAAUCCUAAACACACUCACAGUGCCACUGAAGGCAGUAGGAUUAAAUUUAUGAGUUUAGGAUUAUGCUGUUUGGGAUUACGCUGUUAAUCCUCAAGAUUCUUUAAUAGUGUCUGUCUCCCCUUUCAUUUUUUUGAUGGGGUGCUUUUUAUUAUAAACCAUCUUGGGACUCAUUCUUUGGUAGGAAGGGAAUUACAGUGGUACCUUGGUUUACAAACUUAAUCCGUCCUGGAAGUCCAUUCUUAAACCGAGGCGUGCUUUCCCAAAUGAGGCCUCCCACCACCGGUGCCCUUCCACCAUUCAGCUUCCAUUCUUAGACCGAGGUAAAGUUUGCAAACCAGGACACUACUUCUGGUUUUGCGGAGUUCGUAAACAGGGCUGUUCUUAAACCAAGGUACCACUGUAUCAAUAUCUCUGGCAUGCACGCAUCUCCCCCAGCUCUCUGCACUGUUUUGGAGUAUUACAGAAUGGUUUAACUAUGUAUUGAAUUAUUCUGUCACACAUGCUUGCUUGUGGCAAAGAGUUUGGAAAUGAAGUCUUUCUCUUAGAGUCAUCAUUUGUCUGUCCAUCUGUGCAUCAGCAGCUACAUAACCAAAUCCACCUGUGUGCAUUUCUUAACUCAUAGCCACUCGUGAAGAUGAAUUGCAGGGGAGGUAGAAUAUGCAGGAAUGAACUUUGCAUGUCACGUAAAGGAGAUAAGAGAGGAGAGUGGGUGGUCAGGCCUGUUUAGUACAGCCUCCUCUUUCUUAGCCAGCCAGGUGCUUCUAGAAUGUCUACAAACGGAGCUGACUUGCUGCAUGGCUCUUUCGCUGCAUUCCCUAAGCGCCUGGUAUUCAAAGGCCUACUGCCUCUGAAUAAGGAGGUUCUAUUUAGCUAUCAUAAGGAAUUGCUGUUGAUAGAAUUGUAGAGUUGCAAGGGUGCAAUGCAGAAAUCUUCCACCCGAUGUGAGGCUUGAACCCACGGCUCUGGGAUUAAGAAUCUCAUGUUCUGCCAACUGAGCUAUCCAUAUUAAUAUGUACUACCAUUUCUCAUGCUGGUCACAGUCUCUAUACCAUUGAAGUCAGCAACAAAAGUUUACAUUGUCUGGGCUUGAUCUUCAGUGCCUGUCAUUUCAGUUCAUAAAUGAUCCCAGUUGAUUUCCCUAUAGCUUCCUUGCACGGCUUGAUGUGAAUGAUUGUGACAGAUUCCAGCUUUAAUUCAUUCAAGUGUGUCCAAAAUCCAUGGCAGCAAUUUGCAAAUUGGGGGGGAGGGGUUAGCCAUGUUAGUUGGUUGCAGCAAAAAGAACAAUGAUACUUGUAGCAAAGUAAAGAUUAACAAAAUGUAUCAUUGCAUGAAGCUUUUGGUAACUAUAGUCCACUUCAUAAGAUGCAUGAAGUGUUAUGUUGAGUUACAUAUGUACACAUGGUAGUUUGUGGGGACAAGAAGAUGGAAUUGUUUCUUUUCGGGGGACAAUGACUGUAAAACUGAGAGGAUUUUUAUCAGAUUCUUUGUUUUGUUUUUUGGCUUACUGGUAUAAUGAUGCAGUUGUUAUCAAGAACAGUUUUGGGAAACUCCCGCUGUUAAUUACAAAACUCUCAUUGCACUUUUCUGCAUUACAGUCCCACCACCACAUGGGUAGCCCAGAAUAAUGCUGCAUUCAUGUGAUAACAUGGCUGUAGUCCACAAAAGCUUAACCUUCUGAUGUUUUUUAAAAUUGCAUUUCCUAUGUUAUUGGCUCCAUAAUUUUCAAGUUUGCAAUCAUUUGCUUUUUUUUGUAGGCAGAGAAAGAACUUUGCUACAUACCAUUUUUUGUGAUAUUAAAAAUGAAAUUUGUAUAAUGCUGUGUCUGGAAAUAAGAUACACAGACACAAGAGAAUGUGUGUUUGCACACAUACUGAAAUUUGAGGGUGCAGUUCUUGGGAUUAAGCCCCAUUGAAAAGUAGUGGGACAUGUUACUAAUGUUUUGGUAAGCUGCAACUUGAUGUGCGGGACAAAAAUCUUCAUUUCUUAAGGCAAGUACUUAAUAGUACUUGAAAAAUAAUUUAUUCUUAUCAUAUUAAGCAAGGGUGGAGGGAAUUGUGGAUCGUAAACCCCAAGGGGCCCUUAGAUCUUCAUCAUGUCACCACGUGGGAAGGGAAGGUGCAGCAAAGAUAAUGGUGAUGCCUUUAUUAGAUUAGUGUAUUAUCAUGGUAAAGUUGUUGCAUGUUUUGCAACUUUCAGUUUAUCUGAAUGUGUGAAUUGGCACCUGAAUAUAACGGUUACAUUUUGGGGAAUGCACAUACAGAUCUACUUGUUGCAAGCAACAGCAGGUUGCUACUCACAUUUAUGUCAAAGUAACCUCAAUUGAAUUAAAUGGGCCUUUCUUCUAUGUAAAUUUGGAUAGAAUUACAGCAUAAGUCUCUUAGCAUCCUUGAUUAGGAAAGCGUUCCACUACCCGCAGUCCAGUUUCCUUUCUUGAUAGGCAAAAGGUCCUUAUAUACAGUCCCAACCCAAAAUGAAUUUCUUUAUUUUAAGCCUGUCUUUUUAUUUCGUGUGCACACCAUUGUCUUGAAACCUUUCUUUCGUGCUUGGCUUUACAGUGGAGCAGUUUUAAUUAUAACUAACAAUGCUAGCUACUAGUGCUAUUGAUGCUUCAAGUGAGCAGAGUGAUAGUCACUGCAUUCUCUUCCAGUGUAAUCAAACUUGCCUGGGCAAGGACUGCAAAGUUGGGUUCUUCAUUUUCCUGGUAUUCUGAUAUGAUCUACGAAGGAGAUUGAUUAGUCACAUUCCAGAUAGAAAUAGGUUAUUGACAUUCUGCAUAUUUUUGCAAAUAUGUUUGUUGGAGUUCUUUAUUCACUGUGUCCUUGUUUCAAUAUUGAAAUCAAACAUGGAAGGAAUGGACAAGAGAUAAGAAACAUUGAGCCAAUGUUAUCUUUUUGGGAAAGGAAGAGGUGUUGUGCAGAGUUAACAAGACUUGGGGUACCUGCAAGCUAUCGCUAUUUCACAGGAGUGGCUCAAGCACACAUAGGAACUUUAGGCUUGCACGUUUUAAACGGAUUAAGGAGUUCUAUUGCCCUAGUGCAACAAAUCCACUUAAAAAAUAAUAAUCCCCAGACUUUCUACUGUUAGGAAAGUGACAGGAAAACACAAUGAAAAGUGUUAGAUGAACAAUUGAUUAAUGGGGUGAAGUAUAAAAAGCCUGCCAGCAAAUCAGGAAUGCAGGACAAAUGCUCAUUGCAGCAAACAAAUCGGAAUGAAUGCUCAAUUAAGACAGGAUAUAAUCUAAUCUCCUGAUUUGUGCAAGCAAAUCAUGAUGAAUGCUCAAUAAACAGGUUGUCUGGAGGGGCCCCUAAUCUUUGCACACAGAAAAUCGAUUCAGUUUUUUGUUUGUUUGUAACUGUGGCUUCAACCCUAUAUCUGCUUAGAGGAAUGGGGGGGGGAGGCCCCCUUAAAUUCAGUAGGACUUGCACAUGCAACAGAAUUAGGACAUAAAAUGGACAAUAUAUUUUGUUUUAAUGUAGUCCCACUGCCAUCAAUGGGAUCACUACAGGUAAGGUUGCUAGCAGGAUAAGGUUUGCUAACAUUCCUGGCAAUUAAUCAUCUGCAGGGCCAAGCCUUUUAUGUUAGGAUCAAAGUAGACCACGGUGCUCAGUUCUGGUUGCCAGGACUUUUGAUGCAGGUAGAAGCAAAUACAAAGGAGAGGAGGCUGCAGAAAAGGGUCCAGGAUGACAGGAAACACCUGAAGCAGCAGGAAGGAGAACAAAUCAGUGAGGCAGACUAUAUUUACUGCAUGUCCUGGAGGCAGUAAAGUCUGAAGUGAAACUGGCAGGUAUACUCCCAGCCCUACUUACCAAUUUCUGUUACUAUAGCAAUUUCGCUUUUUCCCUGUGCAAGUUCAACAGAGAAGCAUUUGCUUAGGCUACUAAUAUAGAUCCAGGGGAAAGAUCUGCAGUCAUUGAUUUAUUGGUUGAGAAUCAUGAGAAUAUCAAUGCAGAGGAGCAGGAGGAAUAGGCAAAUAAAUGCCCUUCUAUUUCCUAGCAUAGGUUUCAGAGUCAUGUCUCUCACCUGUAGGGAAAGACCUCACUAUCCACCCUGAUGACUGAUAAGUGACUUUUUGCUCACACUUAGCCUUUCUGGGCUGCUACCCUCCUCUCAUACUAAAGAGGUUCAAAACAGCCAGGCCCUUACAGAUGGAACCCUGAGUUGGGCAAAGCAACAUUAAAUGCCUAUUAAUUUCUCACUUCAGUGAUAACGAUUAUGUUUUGUCCAUUCCUUUGUAGUUGGAUUACUGAAUAAAGCUGAGGACAGACACACAGAGCAUUCUUUACGCCAGAACAGUCCCAAAAAGAGCUGUACCUCAUGUAGGGUCUCUGCUGUUUGUCAGUAAAGCCUCAUACAAAGAGUAAGAUCCAACAAAGGCUUCUCCUUACUACCCUGCUGCUUCCCCUACAUGGGAGCAUCUCCAGCUGAUUUGGCGGGGCUGAAGUGGGAGAAAGACCAGACGUCCCACUGCAUGAGUGGAUUUCUGUUGCACAAGCAGGUGGAAAUCAUUGGAUGUCACCCAGAAGUCCUUAAUUGGAGCUGGGUUCAGCACCAGAGCUUCACCUCAAUGCUGUUCAUCAGCCAGUAUCAGGCAAGUCCUGCAGUGGUGCUGCUGCUGGUGGUGGUUGUGGUUGUUUUAGUUUUCCAGUAAUAUUUCCCAGCAAUAUUAGCCAUUCAAAGAGCAAACAGAUGGGGUCAUUCCAGUGUUGUGUGUAUGAUUCAUGUCAGAGGGUACAACGUUUUGAGACAGACUGGUGUAAUUUUUUUUGGGGGGGGAGGGGGUCUACAGGGAAGGGUUAAUUGAUUGAGGAAAACAGUAUUUCUGUUUCUCCUAUUGACGUUAGCCUCUGCUAGAUCAAACCACCCUGGGCUCUCAUGUGAUGAAGGUCAGUUCAAAUACAUCUAGCAGUGGAAGAACUGGAUAGAACCCAUUUUGUUCAUUGCUAUGUUUUAUUCCAUUAGUUAUUGAUGCUGCUGUAGUACCCUGUCUGUGGGGUGUGUGGGUGGGUGUGCUUUGGACAGGGGGAUACAUUUCUAUAGGCUAGAGGAGAGAGGGCCAGUUUUCCUUUGGCUCCCCCAUCUAGCCAAAUGUUGGAUCACUAUAACGGAAGUGCCAAACAGUGUGACUAGGAUAAAAUAAAGCCCAUUUAUAUGCAGAUGUUCACCUGGGGACAUUGCCAUUUUUGCUUUCCUUGUGCUGCGUCAGAUGUUACUUUGCACUGCUUGAGAGCAAGGGGAAUAGGUUUAGGGCAGAAUGGCUUGAAAGGCAGAAAUCCAUGCACAAGACCUCACCACCCUUUGGAUUCUGCCUUAUUUAAGAUAGCGACUUAUUUGAGCAGUAGUUUGUGCUGUAUGUUGCAGGAGUGAAUAAUGGGGCAACGUAGUUCUGUCCUGAUCUGUGUUUUUAUUGCCUCCCUCCACCCCAGCAGAAGUCUUGCAACACACACACACUAGUUGAAGUCUAGAGUUUGGGCUUGGACACAGCUGGUCUGUCAUUUGAAAAGCAGUGAAGGGGUGUGUGUGUGUGUAGAAAUCCUUUACUUAAACAAAACUGUCUUGGUAAUAAUUCCUGUUUGCUUUUAUGUCAAGGUGAAAGAAGCUUCUCAUCAGCCGCAGAUGGUGUUUACAGCUCGUCAUGCGACUGUCACUUUCCAGACAGAUGGAGAAACAUGGAGAGAACAGAAAGAGAAGAAAGCGGCUAUGAUGGUUGGCAUUUUAAUUGGUGUGUUUGUACUUUGCUGGAUUCCCUUCUUUGUCACAGAACUAAUAAGCCCCCUCUGCUCCUGCACCAUAGCACCAGUCUGGAAAAGCAUCUUCCUCUGGCUUGGUUACUCCAACUCCUUCUUCAACCCUCUGAUUUAUACAGCUUUUAACAAAAACUACAACAAUGCAUUCAAGAACCUUUUUGUGAGGCAGAGGUAAAAAUAGCAAUGGGGGGGGGCAUGGCUGCCAGACCUAUUGGAUUGUACUAAGCUCAUUUACGCAAAUUUUGUUUGCUAGGUAAUUCCGUUUGCAUAUUUCGCUUGACUGUGGGAAUUAAGCAAUAAGAACGAGUGAUAUAUCAGAAACAUAGCCCAUUACACACCCUCCAUUGCAAUGCAGCCCAGUUUUCUAGAGAAGAAAUCUCUAACCAUUGCAAAAGUCCUCCUGCCCAGUUGGCUGCAGCUCCCUAUAUGAAAGGGAGCAAAUAAUUUCAAGAACCCCACUCCGAUCACAAUUAAGCCUGUGCAACAAGCUGUCCUGUGUUGCCUUGUAAAGGCUAGACCAUAUUUUUAACGUUGUUCUGCUCAUUUGCCAACGGCCAGUUUUAGUGUCAUCAAUAACUUUUACUAUGAAACAUUUAUGGCGGGCGUAGUAAGGCACCAAAAACAAGAAUUCCAAGAGUUACAAGGCACUACAAUACACAGAGCCUGGAGGUAAGUAAAGUGUCAGCAACUAAUAAAACCCCUAACAGUAUUUGUUUGCUUUAGUAAUUCUGCAGAUAUGAAUCAGGAUAAAGAUCAUUGACUGCUAAGAUACAAGAAUCAUUGAACUUGGGUGGCUGAACUUUUAAAACUUUUAAUCGCAGCAAAACUGAGCAAAAACAAUUAUGUGAAAUGGCACAAGGAAGUGUUGGGUUAAGGUAGAGGAUGGAGGCAAUUUUCUGAAGACUACAGCAGGGGAGCAUUGAAACUAAAUUCCCAGCCAGCAAGUCCAGAGCCUUCCAUUCAAAUCAGUGGUUUUGGGGAAAAUAUAGAUAUGUGCAAACUUUCCUUUAGUAGCUGCAAAUGACCCUAUUAACUGGACUGGAUUUGCCUACAUGCAGCCAGCAUGUGUUUUAUGUCUUAGCCCUGUUACCAUAGUGCUAAAUGCAUUUUAUGGGGAAAAUCAUAACUCUGAACAUUGAAUGGUAACUGGGGAGGACAGCGUAUCGCUCUGCAAAGAGUGGAAAACAUAUUGCAUCAACUGAUUUCCUUCAGAGUCAUUUAGUGGUUACCACCAUGCUUUGGCAAACUCUUGGUGUUCUUUUCUUCCAGAAAAAUAUUAAUGUGUAUUUAAUUAACAAUAAGUGCAAUCUUUUCUUGCAGCAUCACACAUGUUUUACUAUGCUGGGAUAAAUGUGGUAGCGCUCUUUUACUCAGCUGCAUGUUCAGCUAUUACCUCAGUUUUAAGAUCAAUGCAAAGUUGGCAUCAGGCUCUUUAAAAUGAGUCUGAUAGCUUAGUCAGUAUAAAAUAACUUAAUUGUCAAAUAUAUUUUAAACAACAACAGCAUGCAAUAUAUACUUUGGUGACAUCAAGGCAGACCGAAUUCUCAAGCUUUAAACUAUUGCCUAGAGGUUCCAGGCUACCUCAAGAUCCUAGUCUCUCCAGGAGCAGAGACUGGGAGGUUUUUGUUUUGUUUGUUUUAAAUCAAUUUACUGGUACAGGAAGAAACAUCUCCAUCAGCUUGGUUUGAUGUAUGCCUAUAUCAAGUCCUCCCACCAUUACCUGCUGCAGACUCUCAAUAGCCACACGUAUUAAGCUGCUUGUUGGUCAGACAACCCUUCAAAAAGGCAUAUUACGCAAUGUAGGGGACUGCAGGCAGGUGUGUCCCUAUCGUAUGAAGAAUACAAAGAAACACAGAGAUCUAUUGUGUGACUAGAAGUGCUGUCUGCUUGUUCAGAGGGAAUGUCUGAUUCCCCUGCUUGUAUUGUUUGGUACCCCACAUACACCACCACCCCACUGCAAAAGGAGCCCUACUGCCAACUUUGGAAGCAGGGGCACUUGGAUUCAGUCAAGGCAUUUGCACUUUUUUCAGCCCAUUUACCUCUGCAGUCUGGGACCCGUUUCAGUCUUCAGCUAGCACACGUGUUGUUUCUAGAGUGAACUCAGGAUUUAGAAAAUUCUAAAAGAGCUAUCAGGUUCUGUCAUUUGUGCUGAAGGUUUCUAUGCUUUGGGCAGAAUUUCAGAUGCCAAUGUUGUAGCUUGUCAGAGAAAUGGGCAAAACAUCAAUAUCUGCACUCAUCCCUGUUAGUAAAGAAGUUUUUUUUAUCAUGAAUAGAAGAAGAAAAGCAGCUUAGAAAGCAAGUUAGUCAGCCAAACAAAUUUGGAGCUUUUGAUUUAUACAUAUUUAUUGUUUAACACACAAUAUAUGUUUUCUAGUGCACAUGAAAUGUUAACUAGUGCAAAGGUAAAUCAUUUACAAAACAGUGUCACUUUACUUUAUAUGGGUGUGCAUAUAUAAAAAGACAAAUAAUAUUUCUGAACUGCUAUACUGCAUUAAAUCUCAAAAAGGAAUACAUCUAGUCAUUGGGCUGGAUCAGAAUGAAAAUGAAUUCAAUCAUAUAAAUGAAUUGCUGUCUGAAGUUCUUCAAGAACACUUGUCUUUCAGCUUGGAUAAAAGCAUUUCAUUUUUGCGGCAUUCCUGUUGAUAAACAAAGAGAUGGAAGAUUUAAAAUAUUAAACAAGACAUGUUUACUAACAUGAUGAUACUAACAGUGCAAACCUGCAUGGCUACAAAGAAGCAAGGGUAAUUAAAUUCAAUGGCUCUUAUUUCCAACUAAACAUAUAGGAUUACAGCCCAAAUCAGCUGUCUGUCUUUUAACACAUGCUGUAGGUAAUACGGAAGGCAAGGCAGGUGGAAUUUACUGUUAAAGUGAAAAGGUGCUGGAUGGGAUUGGUCCGUAUGAAUAAUAUCUGAAAAAACCACACUAAUGCACCUGAUUGUUCUUAGCCUUCUGCUACCAACUAUAUUACCUAGAAUCAUUCACACCAGCCCUUCUGAACCUCAUGCCCUCUGUGUUUAGGACUAACUCUUCAGCCCUGUGGCUAACAGAGAUUAUGUGAGUUGUAGCACCAAACAUCUGCAGGGUACCAGGUUGUGAACAGCUAAUCUGCAUUCUGCCCACAAACGUACAGUGCUAGAUGACUGGGGGGGGACAGGACACUGUGGCAUCACAAAGUAGUGCUGAAUCAGUGUGUGUGUUAUUAAGCCACCACGUCAUGGUCAGAGCUUUUGACCAUCUCUGUGUGCGUGUUUUCUCUCUCUCUCUUCCCCCAACCACCACUGUCCCAUUUACCUCUUUAAAUUCUUUGACCGUUUUGAAGUAGAGUCUUUGUUUCUCCAGUAGCUCCAGAUAUUCGUCAUUUAGCUGGUCCCUUCUCAUUUUGUUUUCUUGCUUUUUCUUUUCCAUCUGUUGGUAACAAGGGGAAAGUAUUAUGGUACCUUGGAACGCGCAAGACCAAAAACGAAAUCCUCCAGCAUUUCCGCCCCCUUCUUUCUUAAAAAAACAAAACACCAGAUAAACAAAAAGUGCUCCCUGCAUCUGCACUUGUUCCAACAAUAGAAACAUUUGGUAGUUUACAACUAGGAAAGAGCAGAAAUAUAGCAAAGGAUUAAAAAGUGAAAUCACUAUGAAACCUGUAGUGCCACAAGUCAGUUAUCUUGUGGUGAAGUUUUUCCAACACCCCUUUGCUUAAAAUCUCAAAAGUAAGGUAACUCAUGAGGCCCCACCUUCAUGGUUUGCAUUCAUAAAUGAAAAUCAAGACCAAGCGAAAAUUUGCCUUUCUGCUCAUGGGAUGUUUCUUUCCUACACUAUCUUGUUCAAGGAUACCUGCAUUGUGGUUUCAACAGGUGUACUGACUCCCUACUGGACAACCCACUGUAUAUGGCCCACACUGGUGCUUUGUGCUAGAAGUGCUCGUCUCACCCCAAUGGGAUGAGUUUAAAAAAUGGCAAGCAGGAAGGAAACACCUUCUACUUUGUUGAGUGAGAGUGGCUGUAGCAAAGAAGCUUGUUGGGUUUUUUAAAAAAGGUUCAGCAUUUUCCACAGGAGAACAUCUACAAGGGGUCCUUUUCAAUGCAGAGAUAGCAAGUAGAUCAAACUUCCCUUGGGUUUAUUUUUCCUUUUGCUAUGCCAUCCAUUAGACUAGAGAAACUUUAUAAGCUUGACUAAUUAAUUUAAAUCCAAGUUUAAUCUUUAGUCGGAGAUGCUCUGUGCUCAGAUAUUGAACUGCCUUUGCCAGAGUCAAGCCAAUUAUCAAGUGUAGUAGUACUGCCUACCCUAAAUAAUAGUGACUUUCCUACACCUAAGGUUAUCCCUUGUUCUAUUCAGCACAUCUUAGUUACAAAUCAUUAAAUCUAAAAACUGAGAAUGGCCAUUUAUUUGAAAGAAGGAUCUCUGUGAAUGAAAGAAAAGGGCGUAAUUUAAAGAAUAAUGCAAGGGAAUUUUGGCAGAUAUGUGAUCUGGGAUAAGAACUGUGCAUGUGUUUUAACAGGUGAAGGCUGCAUGAUGGAGGAACACAACACAUACUUGAUUAUGUUCCAAGGCAUUUGCUUUCAGGACCAAGACUAUGAAUCCAAAUCAUUUCCAUUGUGCUUGGUAUAGAGACGCAUCUUCAACCUGUGUGUUCUAUUUCAAUUGCUAUAAUGUUGCAGUAUGCUCACAGGGUAAUAAUGAGCAUAUCGUAGCAGUGCAGGAAUGAAAGCAUAUUCCAGAUGUUCUGUAGGUUUGUAUUUCAUUGCACAAAUCAUAAAGGUUAUAUUGAGGUCUAAGAAGAAACACC